AUGGGGCCACUGGCGACUGCGAGACUUGUACACCGACUAUUCAUUCAGGAGCGCCACGAUUUUAACUUCAAAUGGGGCUUUGGUGUGGACCCGCAACACCGUGUGGAACACAGACAACACGAGUACUGUGUUGAACUGUCCUGGAAAGAGCGGGGCUGA